CCAACCGCCAAUAAAUGAUAAAGAAGAAGAAGAAAAAGAAGAAGGACGCGUCACAUGAUUGCUCGAGCACUUCGCCUGUCUGUUGACACUGACAGCUCAUCAUUUUUGUUGAACCCUUUAAAGAAAUCUGCUACAUGGCUAGUUGCUUUCCGAGUGUGUCCGAGCUUGUUUCGGAGGCCCGGCGACUGUACGGACAGAUGUUCGGUGAGGAGCCUGCUCGAGUGGCGGUGUGCGCGCCUGGAAGAGUGAACCUAAUAGGAGAGCACACCGACUACAACCAGGGACUCGUGCUUCCAAUGGCCCUUCCUUUGGUGACUGUGGUGGUGGGUAGUGAAAUAUCCGGCCAGGAUGUUACCGUGGUAACCGCAGCCUUCGACGCUGACGAGCCUCACCGAUUGGACUUCUGCCUGUCUCGUGAUGGAUCUGCACUGUCUCCAGGGUUACCCCGCUGGGCCAACUAUGUAAAGGGUGUUAUACACCAUUACAGGGCUUCUCCAGUCCCAGGUUUCAGGGCAGUGAUAGCCACCAGUGUCCCCCUGGGUGGAGGACUGUCCAGCUCUGCCUCUCUAGAGGUGGCCUUUUACACCUUCCUGCAGCAACUGAAGCCAGAUGAUGGAAACCAGGUGUCCAAAGCAUUAGCCUGUCAGCAGGCUGAACACACUCAUGCUGAUGUACCCUGUGGCAUUAUGGAUCAGUUUGUAUCUGUUCUUGGCAAGGAGGGCCAUGCAUUGCUCAUUGACUGCAGAUCGCUGGAGGCCACCCCUGUUCCUCUGACAGAUCCAGGCCUGGUCAUUCUCGUCACCAACUCCAAUGUAAGGCACUCUCUGAGUUGCAGUGAGUAUCCCGUAAGACGCAGGCAAUGUGAGACGGCUGCCUCCAUUCUGGGGAAGGACAGUCUGAGGGAUGCUACGAUGAAGGACCUAGAGGAGGCCAGGGGAAGGAUGGAUGAUGUUACCUACAGAAGAGCUCGUCAUGUAAUUGAGGAGAUCCAAAGAACUGUCCAAGCUGCUAAGUCUCUAGAAAGAGGAGAAUACAAGGAGUUUGGCAAACAUAUGGUUGAGAGCCACAACAGUCUGAGAGAUCUGUACGAGGUGAGCUGCAGGGAGCUAGAUGAGCUGGUGUCUGCAGCCAUGGAAGUGGAGGGCGUCUUUGGCAGCCGGAUGACAGGAGGAGGAUUCGGUGGAUGCACUGUGACUUUGCUACUCGCUGAGGCCAUUGACAGGACCAUACACCACAUACAGGAGAAAUACAGUGGGACUGCGACUUUCUAUGUCACAACUCCUGCACAGGGCACGCAAGUUCUCACUUUGACCUGACCUUUGUCAACACCUCUGCAUUCCUUUAAUUUGAUUUUCUUUCUUUAAUUUCAUUGAGUGGUGUACUGCAAUACACACUAAUGUUGAUUGAAAAGAGUUGGGCAAGUGCCUUUAUUGUUGAAACAUGUUUAUAAAAAAACUUUGCUUAAGAUGACUUGUAGCAACUGCUUAAUAUUUUUGAUAUGGAAAUCCAGCUGGGUUUAUUUACGAUUUAUGAUUUUAUAUUGAUCCCACAUCUCUAUUAAUAAACCAUGUUUCUAAAAUGUGAA